AUGCCGUCACACCAUAGCGCCGCAAACGCUGAAGGACAGCUCCAGAACCCCACCGCUGCGAUGUCAAGCCCAAUGGCAACCUACGUCCUCGCGGCUCAAGCGCCAGGGAAUGGUACGUCGCAGGACUCAGGUGAUCCGGGCCGUCCAUCUAAUGAACCGUUCAGAAUGGGAUGUGGAGGGACAUCUCCUACCGUUCUGAAUGGGGAGUCGGGGCGGUUAUGUGAACCUGUAGUGUAUGCAGCCAUGUCGAGCCGAAUGAAUCAGAUCCCAACGUUCCUUGAUUCGGGGGCGUCAGAGCAUUGCUUCGUUGAUCGAUCGAAGUUUGUGACCUACGAGGAAGUUGUGGGAGCGGAAGGCCAAACUGCAAUCAAAUCGGGAGGUCGGUUCCAGAUCGCAGGGCAUGGGGACGUCGAAAUCAUCGUGGAGACAGAAGGGAAGGAACGUCACCGCAUUCGCUUGCAUGCCCUUCACACGCCGGAAUUCCGAAUGAACUUGAUAUCGAUCACGACGCUCGAUUCACGGGGACUCAGAGGAUCAUGGGGCGGAGGCGUAUUAUCGGUCAUGAGUCAGCAUGGCAAAGUGAUCUUAACGGGCAGACUCACAGGAGGGACCGACAACGGACGACGCCUGUAUGCGGUGGAAGUGAUCGAGGAUAUGCCGUAUGUGGCGAUUGCCGGACGAAAUAGGAACCAGCCGACAUCAUUAGAAAACUGGCAUAGAAGAUUGGGCCAUGCCGACGUACGGACGAUCAAGCAAAUGGCAACUAAAGGCGCGGUCGAGGGCCUAGAGAUCACCAGGUCGGACGUGCAAGGAAUGUGCCAGGACUGCAUCUUGGGUAAACAGGACCGCGCUCCGUUCGACGACGAGGUCAAUCAUGAGACAUACCCGUUGGAGAGAGUCCACCUUGAUCUGUGGGGGAGAGCACGAACACUGAGUUGGGGCCAGGCGGUGUACCUCUUGUUGAUAUCAGACGGCGGCACAAGCAUGAAGUUUCCGGUAUUCCUUCCGGACAAGCGGAAAGAGACGGUCCUCAAAGUGUUCGCAACGUGGGUGAUCGAAGCUGAAGUCCAGACCGAGCGGCGCCUGAAAAUCGUACGGGUUGACCUAGGGAGCGAGUUCGACAAUGAUGCGUUCACGGGGUUCUGCCAGGAGAGGGGAGUGAUCAUCGAGCGAGUCCCGAAAGCGUCGUCGUCAGCUCACGGACAUGCUGAACGGGGUAACCGAACCGUAAUUGCCGGCGCGAGAACGCAGCUGAUAGAAGCAGGGCUUGACGCGCGCUUCUGGGCAGAAGCAACGGCUGCACACUGCUACGUCCGCGGCUUCAUUCCCUCAGCGAGGCACCCAGAUUCAGUGCCAUGGAUGCGCUGGUACCAGAAACGUAGGGCCGACGGAGGGACGGUGCGACCAAACAUCUCCCACUUGCGAGUCUGGGGAAGCGUAUGCUGGGUCAAGGACCUCGACGAGCAGGAGGGAAAGCUCGGUCGCCAAGGCUGGGAGGGUCGCAUGGUCGGAUAUAUGGGCCGACGAGGUUACCGCGUGUAUGACCCACGACGAAUGAGGGUCUUUGAAGUGAGAAAUGUGAUCUUCGAAGAAGGUGAUCCUCACCGGACAAUGGGCGCCGAGUCUCUACAAGAUGGCAGCGGGGUCCUCGAUACAGAAAAGGAGCAGGCGGCAACGGAUGGUGGCGUUGAGAUGGCAGAAAGCCGGGCAGAUCAUAGAGGAAGCAGUGCGGAAGGAGAAGGCGAGACAAGGGCAGACGAUGGAGCGGCUGAAGAAGGGACGAUACAGCAAGACGUUCCACCCAUCCCGAGACGAAGCGCACGGGCAACGAAGCCGAGCCGUAGGAUGCUCGAAAGUACGAUCGCAAAGCGAAGGGAAGAGGAAGCAAGGAUCGCAGAUGAAGAUUGGGCAAGAGAUACUAUCCGACCGAGCGUGAACUUUCUAGUGCAACGAAGGGACGACUGCCACGGUCGGGAAUGGAGGCAUUGA